AUGAAGAUUCCAGCCAUGAUGUCUCUCUUCCUGGUGUCUGUGGGCCUCUGGGAUGGACUUCAGGUUCAAAGUCACUCCAUGACACAACUAGACAUCUUUUCUCAAGAAACACCCCUGGACAUGGCCCCAGCGUCCUUUGAUGACCAGUAUGUUGGCUGUGCAGCAGAUAUGAUAGCGGCUCUGGCUGAUCUCAACCACUCAGAGUUCCAGACCAACAAAGUGUACGCGAAUGGUUGGGCUCUGGCCAACACCCAGUGGCAGGAGCGCAGGGCCUGGAAGUCAGCUUGGGACCUCAGCCCAACCAUUUUUCCUCCACCACCCCCGGGCUUCAGGGAUGAGCACGGGGUGGCGCUCCUGGCCUACACUGCCAACAGCCCCCUGCACAAGGAGUUUAACGCGGCUGUGCGCGAGGCCGGCCGCUCCCGGGCCCACUACCUCCACCACUUCUCUUUCAAGACCCUCCACUUCCUGCUCACCGAGGCCCUGCAGCUGCUCGGGAGCCAGCGAUCUCGCGGGUGCCAGCAGGUGUACAGGGGGGUACAUGGCCUGCACUUCCGGCCAGCCGGGCCCGGCGCCACCGUCAGGCUGGGGGGCUUUGCUUCUGCGUCCCUCAAGAACGUUGCCGCCCAGCAAUUUGGCGAGGACACCUUCUUUGGUAUCUGGACCUGCCUCGGGGCCCCGAUUGGGGGUUACUCCUUUUUCCCUGGCGAGGAGGAGGUGCUGAUCCCCCCUUUUGAGACUUUCCAGGUGAUCAAUUCCAGCCGACCUGCCCAAGGUCCCGCACGCAUCUAUCUUCGCGCUCUGGGCAAACGCAGCACCUACAACUGCGAAUACAUCAAAGAAAAGAAGUGCAGAUCUGGGCCCUGCCGGUUGGAUAGCUCAGCUCCAGGCUCCGUCUCUGCCUCCUGUUCUCUCCUGCUGCUGCUCUUGACCCUUGUGCUGAGGGACCAUCCAUAG